GUUUUAAAAAACCCAUUAAAUUUUUCAUUCUAAAAUUGCCCAACCUCUAUCCGGAUCGUGGCACUUUCCUCGUCAAUGUCUUCUCCUUCAUCCUCUAAACACCCACAUGGAGAUUCUCUAAAACCCCAUUGAAAAACAUCACAAGGGACGUGUCGGAUUGUCGCAAAGUUCUUGGUAAUCGCCACAGCGACAAUGAAUCGUUUUAUCCGAAAUCGGUCGUUCCGUUCAGUGUUUAGCUUGAACAGAGCUGUCUGGAAGUGGGAUUUCCCUUCUACGAUUUGUCGAGGUUUCUCUGAUUUAUCGGAUUCUUGGAAAUCCACGGCGGGUUUGGUCCGAUGCCCGGCGAACGAUGUUCCUCUGUCUCCGGUAACCUUUUUGGAACGGACAGCCAAAGUUUACAGAGACACGGCAUCGGUUGUGUACGGUUCUGUGUCGUUUACUUGGGAAGAAACCUAUAAUCGGUGUCUUAGAUUGGCUUCUGCGAUGACCCAGCUUGGGAUUUCUCCUGGCCAAGUGGUUGCAACACUGGCUCCUAAUAUCCCUGCCAUGUAUGAGCUGCACUUUGCUACUCCCAUGGCUGGUGCUGUUCUUUGCACAUUGAACACUCGCCAUGAUUCCUCUAUGUUAUCAGUCCUACUGAGACAUUCAGAAGCCAAGAUCAUAUUUGUGGAUACUCAGUUGUUUGAAGUUGCUAAUGAGGCAAUUCAGCUUCUUAGACAAGGCGAUUCCCAACCACCUAAGCUAGUUUUAAUUCAUGAUUCUGAAUAUGCUUCAUCUCCCACUUCAUUAUCUUCAAAUGCUUAUGAGUAUGAGACUCUGAUUGCUUCUGGGAGUUGUGAAUUCGAGGUCCGAAACCCGAGAAGCGAAUGGGAUCCGAUCAGUAUAAACUACACCUCAGGCACCACUUCCAUGCCCAAAGGGGUUGUUUACAGCCACAGAGGUGCUUAUUUGAACUCCUUGGCGACGGUUCUGCUGGCUGGCAUGGGCUCAAUGCCAGUUUAUCUUUGGACAUGCCCCAUGUUUCAUUGCAAUGGAUGGUGCCUUACUUGGGGAGUUGCAGCUCAAGGUGGCACAAAUAUUUGUCUUAGAAAAGUCUCACCCAAGGCAAUCUUUGAGCAAAUAGCUUUGCACAAAGUAACACACAUGGCAGCUGCGCCUACUGUCUUGAACAUGAUUGUGAACUCUCCCGAAUGUGAUCGCAGGCCGUUACCAAACACGGUGGUCGUCUUGACGGGCGGUUCGCCACCUCCACCGCAUGUGUUCACUAAGGUGGAAGAGAUGGGGUUCCAAAUCUGUCACUUGUAUGGUCUAACUGAGACAUAUGGUCCUGGCACAUAUUGCACAUGGAAGCCAAUGUGGGAUUGUUUGCCUUGUGAUGAAAGAUCAAGAAUUCGAGUGCGUCAAGGCGUUCGUCACGUUGGACUACACGACGUCAACGUAAUCGAUCCCAAGACUAUGGUUGGCGUCCCAGCUGACGGAAAAACAGUAGGAGAAAUAAUGUUUAGAGGGAACACUGUGAUGAGUGGAUACUUCAAAAACAAGAAAGCAACAGAGGAAGCUUUCAAGGGAGGGUGGUUUCACAGUGGUGAUGCUGGAGUGAAACAUCCCAAUCACUAUAUCGAAGUGAAGGAUCGGCUGAAGGACGUGAUCAUCUCGGGCGGGGAGAAUAUAAGCUCGGUCGAGGUCGAAGCAGUUCUGUUUGGUCAUCCAGCAAUUUUGGAGGCUGCUGUUGUAGGGCGCCCUGAUGAUCAUUGGGGAGAAACACCUUGUGCCUUUGUUGCAUUGAAGGAGGGAUGCAAUGUCACAGCCCAGCAGCUGAUCGAGUACUGUCGGCAUCGUUUGCCGCAUUACAUGGCUCCUCGAUCCAUAGUGUUCCAAGACUUGCCCAAGACUUCAACUGGAAAGGUACAAAAGUUCAUAUUGAGGGAUAGAGCUAAGGCUAUGGGGAGCCUUUCUUGAUUCUAAAAUGUUGUUUGUACAGUAGAAUAAGCAUUUCAAAGUAUAAAAAUUGUUAAAGAACGCCAUUCUUUUAAAAUUAAUAGCUACUCCACGUUAUUCUAA